GGAGGCUGGCCGGCGGGAGGGCGGGUUCCGGAGUCGCUGGCAGAGAUCGGAGCUCGCGCCGGCAUCGCCGCAAGCCCUCAGGUGCCGACCCGGCGACUGCAGGCUGCGCCCCGCUCGGGCGGCUCCCCCUGCAGAGCUCCGCGUCCGCUGACAGCAAGAGCCGCCGCUGGGCAGGCAGGCAGGGCGAGUGCCGCCGGCCGCCCUCUGCACCCGCCGCCGCCCUCCUGCGCCUCCGCUGCCCAGCCCUCCUCUGCUCCCGAGCAGCCCUGCCCGGAGCCCGGCACCAUGACUACGGGAGGAGACUUCGGGAACCCGCUCAGGAAAUUCAAGCUGGUCUUCCUGGGGGAGCAAAGCGUUGGGAAGACAUCCCUGAUCACAAGAUUUAUGUAUGACAGUUUUGACAACACGUACCAGGCUACGAUUGGAAUCGACUUCUUAUCUAAAACCAUGUACUUGGAAGACCGGACAGUGCGGUUGCAGCUCUGGGACACAGCAGGCCAGGAGAGGUUCCGAAGCUUGAUCCCCAGUUACAUUCGAGACUCCACAGUAGCUGUGGUGGUCUAUGACAUCACAAAUCUCAACUCCUUCCAGCAGACAUCCAAAUGGAUUGAUGAUGUCAGAACAGAAAGAGGAAGUGAUGUUAUCAUCAUGUUAGUAGGCAACAAAACAGAUUUGGCAGAUAAGAGACAGAUAACAAUUGAAGAAGGGGAACAGAGAGCUAAAGAGUUGAAUGUCAUGUUUAUUGAGACAAGUGCAAAAACAGGAUACAAUGUAAAACAGCUCUUCCGACGUGUUGCUUCAGCUUUGCCAGGAAUGGAGAGUGUUCAAGAGAAGAGCAAAGAAGGGAUGAUUGACAUAAAGUUGGACAAACCACAGGAACCACCAGCCAGUGAAGGAGGGUGCUCUUGUUAAUGCAAAGCGCAGGAUUCGUCAGCUCCAUUUGACACCACACGCUUGUUGUGUUGCUUCCUAUUGGUUAGCUUCCUAAUACUACAACUUGAGUUAUUCAAUGGGGAGGAUCUCUUUUCUCUCUGUGUCUCUCCAGGGAAGGGAGGGGGUGGCAGGGAUCAGAAUACAUUAUUCAACAGCUGGUUCUAGUUUAUUUUGUUGGGUUGGCUGUAAUAUAUUGUACUUUAUUAAAAAUGCCAAAACAAUUCAGAAUUUUAAGCAAGACACUUUAAUUGCAUUUAUACAGUUCUCAGCUACAGGGACUUGUAUCUUUUUUGGGGACUUUUUUUAAUUGUAUAUUUGUAAACUUACAGAGACAACCCCAAGAUUAUACAGGCUGGCUAAUUUCAGUGAUUGGCAUAAACAGUAGACAUACCUUGUAGGAAACUAGUCCCUGAUUGGUUCACUGAGACACUAACUGUACAAUUCACAGUCCAGUGACAGGCCAGCAAUGUGUGCUACAGUUGCCGGUAUGCAAAACAAGACCUCUGACAAUAUAGCCAUGUAGAGGUGGCCAAGAGGGCUACAACUAGAGACACUUUGUUCAUGACACAGGCAGUGUACUUCCAUAGCUCCCAAAUGGCUUCACAGGGUCUACAGUGCAUGUGCACAUCUUGCUAUCACAUUUCAUACUGUAUUUUAUUAUACUAUGGGAGCAUUCUCUUUUUAGCACUGCUAGGGCAGGUCCAUGUUUUAAGACAUUCACUUGUCACAUAGUCUGAAGUGAGUCCAUUUGAAAAAAACAAUCACACCAGGUAGCGGAAGCCACCACACACAUACACUAGGGUGUAUUAGUGAAACCAGUGUCAUUGCUGUCACUUUAAAUGUAUGGUUGUCCCAUGGGGUUCUGAUCAUCUUUGUUCUCUGCCAGCACAACAACACAACCUAACAUGGUUGCCAGUUUACCUUUAAAGUUGUAUUGAAGAAAGCAUUCAAAAUUGUUUUGCCAAGAAAAAAAAACCACACACAAAACUUUACGCCAAUGUGUCCAGAUGGAUUCAUCUCUGAGCUUAUAAUUAGAAGCAGAUUCCUUCAAGGGAGCAACUCAAAAUGGUGGCCAAGGUUUAAUCAGAAUUGUCAGAUUUCAACCAAAGUCCAUUGGGAUCAGCUCAGUUUUAGCCGAAUGUACUAUUCAUGGUGGUUGAUCAUUAUUAUGAGUGAUAAUAACCUUUGCAUGAGUGGACAAAGAGAGGAAGAAGGCCCUGUUGCCUAAGAAGAGACGAUUACUUUGGCAACAAAGAUAUGAUAGAUAAUGUAUUUAAUUUUUGUAUACAUGUGUAUGCAUGUUUUAUAUUGACAUAAAACAUACAUUUACACACAUCGUUGUGUGGAGGUGUAUGUAAACACACCCACAUACAAUAUAGAUGCUUGGUUUCUACCACUGUUAUGACUUGAAUUGCAACCAAGAACAGUUGUGGAAAAUUACAGUUGCUGCAGUGUGUGGGUCUAGAAGGUUUUUGUUAUUGUUGGGGAAAAGUGUGACUUGUCAUGUCUUCAAUAAAUUAAACUCAGAUUCAUGUGUAACUAGAAAAA